AUGAUAAAGGUCUUUACUGAUUUUUUGCGCAGAUUUAGCAGUAAUUCCAAUAUUGAUCACAAAUUCCAACAUUUUGCUGUGUGCCGUGACCUAAAGCUCUGUGCUGAAGUUGAAGAAACAGGCACUCGAUGCCAUAUUUCAGAAGAUGAUAUCCUAGCCUCCUUUGGCUAUAAACAAGAAAUGCACAAAACAAUGUCUACAGUAUCAAACUUUUCAAUUGCCUUUGGAUGCUGUUCAAUUCUUUCCGGUCUUAGUCCCAUGUGGGGUGAUGCUAUGCAAUCUGGUGGAUCAGUGGCCAUUAUUUAUGGUUGGAUCCUUGUCUCUAUAUUCACCUUUGGUGUUGGUCUGUCGCUUGCCGAGAUUUGCUCUGCUUAUCCAGUUACUGGCGGUCUUUAUGUCUGGGUGUCUCGUCUGGCACCUCCCGAGUGGGUUCCUAUUGCUUGCUGGUUGACAGGCUGGUGUAACUGGCUUGGUUUGACUGUUGCCAUUACUUCUGCUGACCUUGGUCUGGCCCAGUUUUUGUCUUCAGUCAUUGGAAUCAAAAACCCAGAUUACGACGCUGGAAUUUACUGGCAAUAUGGAAUCUUUUUGGUCAUUGUGUUCAUUCAUGGAAUGAUCAAUUCUGUCAGUGUAAAAUACAAUGGGUUCUUUAAUCAAACAUCUUUGUACUGGCAUUUGAUUGGAACACUUUUAAUUAUCAUUGUCGCUUUGGUAAUGACACCCAACAAAUCUAGUGCCAAAUGGGUUUUUACUGAUUUCCAAAAUGAAACAGGGUUUUCAUCGAAUGGUUACGUAUUCUUGAUUGGAUUACUGCAGUCCCAGUAUACACUCUCAGGAUUCGAUAGUGCUGCUCACAUGUCAGAAGAAACCCGGGAUGCUGCACGAAGCGCCCCACGUGGAAUUCUUUAUGCUAUAGGUGUGGCUGCAUUGGUCGGCCUAGCAUUCAUGCUGUCUGUCAAUUUCUGCGUUCAGGACUUUGAUGCUCAAGUUGUGAAUGCCAAAAUCAGUCCACAAAUGACCCAAGUAUUCUUGGAUGGUGUUGGGUACAAGUGGACUAUUGUGUUUACUGUAAUUAUCAUGGGCGCAAUGUUCUUUUCCGGAUCUGCCCUUACUCUGGGAAGCUCACGUAUGGUGUACGCCUUUGCUAGAGAUGGAGCUAUGCCAUUCAGCAGUUGGUUGAGCUAUGUUAACCCAAGGACAAAAACACCUGUGUAUGCUGUAUGGGCAAAUGUGAUUUUUGCCGCAAUUGUUGGCCUCUUGUACAUUGUAAACACCACCGCCUUCAAUGCUAUUGUGUCUAUCAACACUAUUGCAUCUUCAUUAGCGUACUUUAUUCCAAUUGCGCUCCGACUCACUACUGCAAGAAAGAGCUUCCAAAAAGGUCCAUUCAACCUUGGCCCAUUUUCAAACAUCAUCAACCUUGUUAGUUGUUUCUGGAUCUUGUUUACCUCGGUUCUUUUCUUGUGCCCUACUGAAUACCCUGUAACAGCUUCCAAUAUGAACUAUGCGUGUGCACCUCUGGUGUUUGUUCUCGGUGGCUCUAUAGGAUAUUACCAUUUCCGUGCAAGAAAAUGGUUCACAGGCCCUGGUAGAAGUUUAGAGCCUGACCCACAAAUUGAUGGGCCUGCAGUUACCGAAGAAUAUUUUUCAGGUGAUUAUUCUCCCGACAAAGUUACAAGCUAUGCACGUCAUGCCGAUGGCGAAAACCUACACCACCGGCGUGGUUCUGUGGGUGAUGAUGAGAACAAGUUGUAA